CUUUCAUUCUCCUCCAAGCUCAAAGAAACAGAGUAAGGAUGAACAGCGGAGUGUGCGUGUGUGUGAUCCUGGCUGCUCUUUCUGUCUCGUGCCUGGGUCGUCCCCGCUCCUCUUCUCCUGACACCGGAGACAGUCCACUCCCCUCACAUUUGGACACCAGCGUGAGCGAGCACCUUCGACUCGCCCGCUCCCUCAGCCUCCCAAAGCAGCCUGCGACCGACAAGGACACAGAAACCCGCGCUAACCUCAGCCAGCUGCUGGCCAAACUCAUCUCCAAAAAAGGAUCUGUUCGUCGCAACUCAUCCUUGAACAACAGAGCAAACAGCGUGAACCACCAGAUGAAAGACCGGGAUUAUGUCGGCUGGAUGGAUUUUGGCCGUCGGAGCGCUGAGGAAUAUGAAUACUCGUCAUAAAAUCCAUAGAUAACAUCUGACUCCUCUCUGCUACAAAUAAAGAGUAUAUUUAUUACUACAACUGUUAUUAUUAUUAUUAUUAUUCUAAUGUACAUUUGUUAAGAAACCAGUAUAAUGCAAUAUAUACAAACCCCUAAAUUUGCAAAAAAAAUACAAAAAAAGUCUCAAAGUAUUGUUGUUGUUUUUAUAUCCUGUAAUUUAAUGUACACAAUGGUUUUUGCUAGGAGAACCAUCAACCUAACGUGUGUUUCAAAACUCAUUCAACUUUAGUUUUCAAUAAAUCAGGUCAGCAUUCAACAUUGGCCUAAAAUCCUAAAGGCUCUGGCAGUUUGUCCAU